CCAAAGAACAUAAAGACAAAGAAACAUUACCAAGCCAAAUUACAACCAAAAAAAAAAGGAAAAUGGAAAUUUGCAAAACUCUCGCCGUAUUAGCCUACGUCGUGGUCCUCUACUCGGUCCAGGCGACAGCACAAGGAGGAGAAGGUCAAGUGAUGGCUUGCAUGCAAAAGCUCAUGCCGUGUCAGCCGUUCUUACACACGGCGAAUCCGCCGCCUCCGCCGUCGUGUUGCGGGCCGAUGAAAGAGAUGGUGGAGAAAGACGCGCCGUGUCUUUGCAGCGUUUUUAACAGCCCGGAGAUGCUAAAAAAACUCAACCUCACGAAAGAUAACGCUCUUGAGCUCCCCAAGGCUUGUGGAGCUAAUCCUGACGUCUCACGCUGCACCCAAACCGCUUCUUCUUCGCCUUCCGCGUCGCCGGUAUCUACCAACGGAGGCUCUUCCGUUCAAGCUGGCAGCUUCAUCGGACUCGGCUUUGUGUUUGCUUUUGUGGCAACAGUCUUAUACUAUUGAUUAUAUCAUCCCUAUAUUUUAUUUUGACUUUGUCAUCCCUAUGUUUUAUGUUUUUUGUUGUCAUCAUUUUAUAUGUUUGUGUCUAAGUACUGCUAGUGUUUCAUAUUUAUAAAUAAUUAAAUAGUUGA